AUGUUUGUAAAAGACAAUGGAGAAGGAAAUGAACAUUUAAAAUUAAUAGAUUUUGGUAGUUCAAUGUUACUUCAAGGAGGAAAAACUUAUCGCUUUAAAUCAUUAGCCCUUGAUAGCGAUAUUGGGUAUAGAAGUCCUGAACAUAAAAUGAAUACAGGAAUUAGAGGAUAUAUGUUCACUACACGAACAGAUAUUUGGGCAUUGGGAGUAAUCCUUUUUAAACUGGUCUCGAAUGAUGAUAAUGUAAAACUUUUUGAUGAAAAAGCAAUACCUUCUGAAGGCAACAAAGAUAUAUUACAACAAGAAAUUAUGGAAAAAGUUGAUGUAAAAGAAAAAGAAUUAAAAAAUAAAAAAAUGGAACCUUUAUUUAACGUUAUUCGACUUUGUCUUUAUUUUGAUCCGAAUGAUCGUCCGAGUGCUGAAAAUCUAAUCGCCUUUAUGAAAAAUGAAUGUACUAUGAAAAUACCUAAUGGCAAACAAAUAUCAUUUAAUCCAGAAAUUGCACCCCCAGAAGAUGAAUGCAAACCAUCUCGAGUAACUCGGGAACCCCAAGCAUUACAAACCAAACGUUUAUUUAUUAAAAGCAAAUCGCCGUUAUCUCCCAGAACUACUAUUUAA